CUCCUGUUCACUGACGAACGUAAAGAAAUUGAAAUUGAAACAACAUACUAGCAAAACUACGACUCUGAGCGUUCUGCAACAGGAUCUUUUCAUCUGCAAGUUCGAGCACAACAGUAUGGACGGAUACUUGGUUAGUAGCACCGCAGAUCUGCUGAAGCUGCAACUUACGAGGCAUUGCACUGCCAUUCGAGGAUCUCCUAUAACCCCCCCGGCUUGAAAAGCGAUACCGAUAGCCAUGAUCCGCAUUUGAAUUAUUUGUAUUGCCGGCGCUCGGUUGCUUGUCGUUUGUUAUUGUUUCCAAAAAAUGCCCAAUGAACAAUUUGAAAUUUUUACACACAUCAUGCACAGUCCAUUGUCCAGUUUGAAAAUCCUUUCAGUCACAAGAACUAUUCUAGAGGUUUUCCCAACUAGAUUUUAGGUUGACCAAAAACGCACGGUGGUUAUUCGGUUUUCAAUUUUCGAGUAUCGACUAAGUAUCACCCCUGCCAGUUCACUUCACUACAUUACGAAAACAACAAACAAACUCCCAAAAAAACAUCAAAAAAUGGACGACCUUUCCGAGUUUUUCCGUACCCAGUACAGCAGCCUGCAGCGCCAGUACCCGGACCUGCCCACCUUCGAAGUCUUCAGCUUUUUCUCCACCGCCUUCCUCGCAGUUUCCACCUACACCGGGUACUUGGUCUACGCGCGCUUCCUCUCCCCCACCGGGAAAAGCGGGAAGGGCGGCGCGGGAAAGAAAAAUAAACAAGCCAAGAAGAAGAAUGAGGAUGGUGGUGUUCAUCUUCCCUCCAAUUCUCCGCCAACGAAAGGCACCACUAAUUUUCAGCACGAGCAAGAGAUGAAGAAGUCACAACAACUACAGGGUACUAUGGUCACGACUACAACUUCUCCGCAGAUGUUGACCUCUCCUGCUGCAGCCCAACAGCAGUCAGCGGAAACGAACCAGAUUCCUGCAAAAACGGUUCUGAACACCACGGUCAAACAGCUGGUGAAGGCGAAAAACAUCGAGUUGCAGCAACUUUUGCUGAAGCAGAAGCAGUCUUCCCUGAACAACCGGGAGCGCCGAACCGUGAAAAAGUUGGAAGCGGAAAUUCCAAAGUUGAAUAGUUGCAAGGUCAACAAACAGGGCUUCUGUUUGAACCCGGAAGAAUUUCUGACGGCGGAGGAGAAGAUGAGCGCUGGAGGGAACAGCAAAGACGGGAAGAUGAACAAUAAUUCCAAAUCCGCUUUCGAUCAAGCGGACGCUGAGGACGACGAAGGCGGCAAUAAUUCCAAGCAGAAGUCUCUCUUCGUUUCCGAUAUCCAGCAGAAGUACGGCAUCAGCAUGGAGCACGCCGCGAACGCCAUGAUCGCCCAGAGUCUCAUGGACAGCAACAGCAGUCCGGAGCGCGAAGGGAACAGUAACGGGGGUCUGAGUGGGAAGAAGAAGAACCGCGGGGGCGGGGGACAGGCGGACGGGUGGGAGGUGGUGAAGAGGAAGAAGUGAUGGAACGAUUCCGGAAGUACUUAAGUAGCGAGGCUGUUUCCUACUACUUCACACAUCGAUGAAUAAGAAGCGGCCCAAGCGUCUGAGUUAAUGCGGUGGAGCUACAUCGUAGUUCAUUGAUUGAUGCGUUUACGAUGACGAACUGCAUCGCGUCUACAAACACGAUGCGGAGCAAGUGAAGUACUUGUCUAGUAACCUCCAAAAGUCGAUGAGCGACAACAUUGUAAGUACCGUUACAGCAGUACGGAGCAUUACAAUUAUCUGUAUCUCAGAAACCUGAAGCGAUUUUUUUUUCGAAAAACUUUCACCUCCGCUGUGGAGCAAACAAUUUUUUGAAAAUGUUGAACUUCAACCUGUAUGACAAAAAACAUAUAAAAACAUUAGAAGUUUAAAGCCGGCCGCGGAAGCUAGGUGACGCUGCGACGAGAAU